CGCUAUCGCCGGCAGGAAGGGAGAUGAUGAUAAGCACAGGCAGCACAGGACAGAGACGCCAUUAGCCGGUCCACAGCUACAGCCUUCUGAUUCUGCCCUUCCCUGCAAGCGAAGCGACCUCUUCGUCAGACAUCAGAAAAUCUAUUCCGCCACAUCGAUAUCGCUACCACCGUAGGCGCUCCCUCUCCUCUUCUCCCACUCGUCGUGUGGUUGCCUCCGAUCCUCCCGGCCGCCAUCGAUACAGAUCGAGAGAGCUAACGAUGUCGUCGUCCUCGUCCAAGUCUAACUUCUUCGGUCGCGCGUGGGACAGAGCACGCGGCAAGUCUGAUGUCGAAAGAAUUUGCAAGAAAGUCUUCGAGGACCUGGCGGACAAGAACACGGGGCUCCUGGACAUCAACUCCCUCCACGUCGCCACCCUCAUGGUUUACAAUUCAAUCAACAAGCAGUUAGCCGGCCCUCACAAGGACCCUCCUUGCCUGAACACCAUCGCCGAGAAAAUGAAGUUGUACCACGACAAGAAAACGAUACUGUUCACCGAGUUCCAGGAGCUGAUCCUCGAGUGGGUGCACAAGGACCUGCGGCUGGUGCUCGCGAACAAGGCCGCCGUCGCGAUCCUGGGCGCGCCGCUGCUCGCCGUGACGGCCAAGAACGCCGCCAGGCAGGUGCCGAGGAUAAGCGACGCCGUGGAGCAGGUGCCCACGCCGCUGCUCGCCACCGUCUUCUCCGUCGGGCUCAUGCUCCUGCAGGACGUCCGGCUGGGCAAGCAGAGGGAGUGAAACCGAUCACCGGAAUCGCCUCGAGGCGCUGGAGGUUUCGCUUUCACUGGCUCUCACGGAUAUCAGCAUAUGGUCCGUCACAUUAUACAGCUCUGCUGCUUUGUGGUGAUAGGAUCAAAGUCUGAUAGAGAACGAUGUACUAUUAACUAGUAAAUUAUUACAAGGCGAUUGGCGUCUGAAUGGCACGUAUACAAAUGAUUGUGAUGGCAUUUGUACCAGUGCAAAGUGUUCUCAGAAAAUAUGAUUUGAAGCGCUGGUGCACGCACAUCUGCCCACUGCCUAGCGUGGGCAUGUUUGGAUGCUAUCCCCAGGAGGCAGGAGCAGCUGCCUGGACUGGACGCUGUCUGUGAUGCAACCCGAUCCUGCUGCCUGGC